AUGACGUUUGAGGAUUGGCACACUAAAUCAUCAGGUCAGACAACAGUGAUUACGGACCAAAAACUGAAGAAUGAGCUGCUCGCUGACCAGUAUUUGGGGGGGCAUGGAUCUCACUCGGGAGGGCACAUUGCAACGGCCAACGGACCAGGGCAAAACCUGCAGUUCGGCGGAGCACCAAACGCUCAUUUGCUCCCGCACCAGAGCUCGCCGAGACUGAUUCCACCUCUUCAUGAUAAAUUCACCCAUUUACUGGCAGACACCAUGUUUUGCUGCGGACGAAGAAAGGACACGCAUGAAACAGAGUUUGCCGUCGGUGUCGACGGCAGCGAUGGCCGUCACCUGUUCUACAACAUGUCGACAGGCGCGGGCCGAGGUCGAGGGAUGGCUGGAAGCCAAUUCCACGGCGGUGGUGGCGGCGGUGGGGGAGGUGGUCAACCGAUGGGCAAUGGUAUUUCGGCCCCGCUCGGCAGAGGCCGCUUGGCUCCGGGCCAGGUGCCCGAAAUGGUCAUCCAGAGCGAUUUCCGGAAAAUCUCCGGAAUUUCAACGGAUGUGUUCAGACAAAUCGAAGCUGUGGAAAACUCAUACGACGCCCAGACAGCGGCGAAUAUGGAGCUGGUUGAGAGACGCGGUGAGAUGGUGAUUCGCUUGCUGGACCCUCGAUCACUCGGUCGUGUCGGUCAAGAAUUCGGGCGACGUUACAUUGAAGCCGCGGCCACCUCGCAUGCCAUACGCUUCGUAGAAAUCAUUAAGCGGCCUGGACAAACGCUAGGGCUGUACAUUCGCGAGGGGGACGCCCAAUUCACGUACGAGGGCGUUUACAUCUCAAGGAUCGCUAUCGAAAGCGCGGUCUACUCGUCCGGUCUGCUAAAAGUGGGCGACGAGAUUCUCGCGGUCAACCUCGUAGACGUUCGUCACAUGAGUCUAGACGAUGUUGUUAUAAUUAUGUCUAUACCGCGACGUCUCGUUCUCACUAUUCGCGCGUCAUCCCAUCCGCCUACUCACCACCUCCAACAGCAGCAUCAACAGCAGCAGCACCAACAACAGCUUCAGCAACAACAACAUCAACAACAACAGCACCUCCCCACCGCAUCGAUACAACAACAGGUUCAAGAGAACCCCUACGGCAACACGCUCGACCGGCCCAGACCCGUCGUGGUCAUCAAGAAGGACAUGAACGAACAGGACGACGACGGCCAGCGAGAGUUCUACAAACCUCCCGGCGUACCGAUCGGCUACGAGGACCCGUACGGCUUCGGAGCCCGUGUUUCAGUACAAUCAACUCAGCCAAAACUGCAGCAUCAGUAUCCGAAAACGUUGGACAACUUUGCGGACCAAGUGCACACUUUCGGCACAACGCCGCGAGGGUCAACGCCGGCAGGACGAGUUCACGAAAACUACGACUACUCCAAGUCGCUGAGUCGCGUCGGUCAGCCCGAGAGACCUCAGUCGCGACAGGGACGUUUCAUGACGGCUGAUAGAGCCAUGAUGAGAACUGAAAGCGAACAGCGACUUGCAGCGGCCGCCCUAGCCCAAGGAGCCGCGAACAUCGCAAACCAGAGGCAGAACUCAUUCGAUCGGUACUAUUCGUUGAGCCUGAGACCUAAAAUAACCAGCGGGGGUCCGACAACUCCCCUGCAGAGCAAAACCCUAGGCAGGCCGGGAACGUCAGCCGGAUAUUCGGCAGAGGAUUAUCCGUAUCUUUCGGCGAGUAGACAGAAUCUUCAGGCUGCUGCGGCGGCAGCUGCUGCUGGGAUCCGGCGCGCUUCAUUGAUGGAGUCGAGUUCCGACACCGAGAUGUGCUCAUCCCGAGACAUCUUGCUUGGACGAGGAAUGCCACGUUCAAUGAGCGGGAUCCAGCGCCCGACGGGAGGGAGCAAUUCGCUGCCUCGUGUACGAACAGCCGGAAUCAUUUCAGCCGCAAUGGCUGCUGCUGAGUCUGAAUACCGUCGUCAACAGAGCUUGAGCCGUUAUGGAGAUGAAGAGCAAGAUCUACAGGAACGGCGUCGCCGACAGUCCGCUGGAAGCUCUCCGGGACGCUACGAUUCCUUGUCCGGUAAGUUGUCAACGACUUCACUGCGCAAGGAUCUGUCGUUGCCCAGGAUCGCUGCCCACUCGACAGAUUCGCUGUUGGAGAGCCUUCGUCAGGAUAACAGAAUCCUAGCUGCUGCCGGAUCCGCUGCUACGUUGGGCCGAUCGAGAUCGGCCCUCGGCUUCGCCUCCCGUCAGAAUAAUCUUCCACACGCCUUCAGCAUGGAUUACAUCAAACUUCCACACUUGAGCGGUGCUGAUAAGACCGGCCUUGCGCUGGGCUCAAGGGGAGAUCUGUUCAAAAAGAAUUACGGCAGUCGAACGGACGUUGAGAUGACGGCUCCGGGAUCUCUGUCGGGUGUGCUAUGGGUGCAUCUGUUGGCGGCUCGAGGCCUCAGAGCAACUGGAACCCACAAGGAAGCGCACUUCCGAGAUCUGUAUUGCGUCAUCGAGUGCGAUCGAGUUCACAAAGCCCGCACAGUGGUUCGCACCGGAGACCACUCCUUCGACUGGAACGAAGUGUUCGAACUGGACCUCGCUGACAAUAUCAACGUUGCCUUUCUGCUCUAUAGUUGGGACCCACAGUCACGUCACCGUCUUUGUUAUAAAGGCACCAUCAAUCUCGUGAGCGCCCUCAAGGAGGCGCCGGUGUACAAUAUAGCCCUCAAACUGGAGCCUCGAGGCUCGUUGUACGUCAAGCUGCGUUACAGGAACGUCAAGCAAACGUUCCAGAGAUUGCCUUCGACCACGCCGCAGUCCGGUGUAUUCGGAGUUCCGUUGGAUAUUCUCAUUGGCCGGGAACAAGGAAACGGGGUGCCGCUGAUUUUGAAGCGCUGCGUCGACGAAGUCGAGAAGCGAGGCUUAGAUAUCGUCGGAAUCUAUCGGCUUUGCGGCUCUGCUCUGCGAAAGAAAAUCCUUCGGGAAUCGUUCGAGAGAAACGCCUGGACGGUUGACCUCACCGCCGAGCACGUUCCCGAUAUCAAUGUUAUCACAAGUCUCAUCAAGGACUAUUUGCGCGAGUUGCCUGAACCGUUAUUCACCAAGGGACUCUUCGAUAUGCUUGCUGACGGCUUGUCCGUGUGCCUACCAGAUGAUCCAACCGGCAAUGCCAAACUGAUGUUCGGAAUUCUCGAUUGUCUUCCGAAAGCCAAUCGGUCCACUGCUCUGUUCCUUCUCGACCAUCUCAAGCAAAUCGCGGCGCACAGCGACACCAACAAGGUCACGUCCCAGAGCUUGGCGGUUUCAUUUGGUCCUAUCUUGAUGUGUCAUAGCAAGUUCGAGGCGUUGGCGCAUAUUCCAAAACCGAUCGAGAUCCUCAAAUACCUCAUCGACCUGUGGCCGCCCAAACCGCAGAGUCAACAGCCGAAGUGUGAACCUCAGAGCAGUGAGUACAGUUCCCUCCUUCCGUCGAAGGAUAGCAUACUCGACCGCCUUCGCAAACUCAUAGAGCGCAGCUCCCCCGUCUCCUGUAUGACAAGCAUGCACGGAGCCGAUCGGCUCCGCGAUCCGAGCCCGCACGUUGUCGGUCGCCCGGCUGCCGACCACUUUCCCGUUGAAGCCGUUGGUGUGUUUGCGUGCGAGCUAGUCGGCAAGUCUAGUUUCGGAGUCGAUUGUUGAAUAUUCCAGCGGAAGAUUCGAUUGACACCAUCUCGUAUAUUAUGUACGGACGGGAGAUCUGACAUCGUGAAUAUCGAACCAUGUC